GUCGCCAGAGGGGCGGGGGAGACGACGACGAGGGAGGAGGAGCAGCAGGAGGAAGGAGGAGGAGGAGGAGGACACACCUGCACCGUCACACGCAGCCGCAGCCGCCCGCCGCCUUUCGCCGCUCGCCUCGCCUCGCCUCGGCCCCUCGUUCCUCCCUCGGACCUCCGCCGCUUCCUCGCUAAGAUGGCUGACCCCGGCAGCGACGGAGAGGUGGCGGAGGGCGCGCGCGGCUUCGCUCGCCAGGGAGCUCUCCGCCAGAAGAACGUCCACGAAGUGAAGAACCACAAGUUCAUCGCGCGCUUCUUCAAGCAGCCCACCUUCUGUAGCCACUGCACCGACUUCAUCUGGGGCUUUGGCAAGCAGGGCUUCCAGUGCCAAGUCUGCUGCUUUGUGGUCCACAAGCGCUGUCAUGAAUUUGUCACCUUUUCCUGUCCCGGAGCCGACAAGGGGCCCGCCUCAGACCAGGAUCCUCGUAGUAAACACAAAUUUAAGGUGCACACGUACUCCAGCCCGACCUUUUGUGACCACUGCGGUUCACUCCUCUACGGGCUGAUGCACCAGGGCAUGAAAUGUGACCACUGCAUGAUGAACAUCCAUAAGCGCUGCGUGGCUAACGUGCCCAGCCUGUGUGGGACGGAUCACACGGAGAGGAGAGGGCGCAUCCAAAUUUCGGCUCGAAUCAACGAGGACAGGCUCACCGUCACGAUCAAAGAGGCCAGGAACUUGGUCCCCAUGGACCCCAACGGCCUGUCGGACCCCUACGUGAAGCUCAAACUGGUCCCUGAUCCCAAGAGUGAGAGCAAGCAGAAGACCAAGACCAUUAAAAGCUGCCUCAACCCCACCUGGGAUGAGACCUUCACUUUCAACCUGAAAGAAAGUGACAAUGGCCGCCGUCUGUCCGUGGAGAUCUGGGAUUGGGACUUGACCAGCAGGAACGACUUCAUGGGAGCUCUGUCUUUUGGCGUCUCGGAGCUGCAGAAACAAGGAGUAGACGGCUGGUUCAAGCUUCUGUCCCAGGAGGAAGGAGAGUAUUUUAACGUUCCCGUCCAGCCCGAUGGCGAAGACGGCAACGAGGAGCUGCGAGAAAAGUUUGCAAGGGCAAAGGUGGGCCCGGGGAAGCCGUCAGACUCCUCCUCUUCCUCCGUCAGCAAGUACGACAGCAAUGGCAACCAGGACCGCAUCAAGCUCUCCGACUUCAACUUCAUCAUGGUCCUGGGGAAGGGCAGCUUUGGCAAGGUGAUGCUGGCCGAGAGGAAAGGUACCGACGAGUUGUACGCCGUCAAGAUCCUGAAGAAGGACGUGGUGAUCCAGGACGAUGACGUGGAGUGCACUAUGGUGGAGAAGAGGGUCCUGGCUCUGGCCGGGAAGCCUCCUUUCCUCACACAGCUGCACUCCUGCUUCCAGACCAUGGACCGAUUGUAUUUUGUGAUGGAGUAUAUUAACGGAGGGGACCUCAUGUACCAGAUCCAACAAGUGGGGAAGUUCAAGGAGCCCCAUGCUGUCUUCUAUGCCGCUGAGAUCGCCACGGGCCUCUUUUUCCUCCACGUCAAAGGGAUCGUGUAUCGGGACCUCAAGCUGGACAACGUGAUGCUGGACUCGGAAGGCCACAUAAAGAUCGCCGACUUCGGCAUGUGCAAGGAGAACAUGAACGACAGCGUCACCACAAAGACGUUCUGCGGAACCCCGGACUACAUCGCACCCGAGAUCAUAGCCUACCAGCCCUAUGGCAAGUCUGUAGACUGGUGGGCCUUUGGAGUUCUACUCUAUGAAAUGCUUGCAGGGCAGCCACCUUUCGACGGAGAGGAUGAAGACGAGUUGUUCCAGUCCAUCAUGGAGCAUCACGUCUCCUACCCAAAAUCCAUGUCUAAAGAGGCGGUCGCAAUCUGCAAGGGGCUGAUGACCAAGAAUCCAGGCAAGCGUCUGGGCUGUGGCCCCGAGGGCGAGAGGGACAUCAAGGAGCACGCCUUCUUCCGCUACAUCGACUGGGAAAAACUGGAGAGUAAAGAAGUUCAGCCGCCUUUCAAGCCGAAAUCUUGCGGGCGUGACGCCGAGAACUUUGACCGCUUUUUCACACGCCACCCCCCAGAGCUGACCCCCCCAGAUCAGGAGCUUAUAGCCAACUUGGACCAGGACGAGUUCCAAGGCUUCUCAUUUCUUAACCCUGAGUACCCUCACACUUCUCACUGACCGUGCCACACACACACACACACACACACACACGCCGCCGUCGGCCUCCCACGUAAGACAGCCGGGGGAAAGUCGCCAUCGUCGCUCACGUCCGGGCCGGGGAAGUGAGCGUUGUUCGCUGGGACAACCAACAAAAUCCAACUAGCGUAGUUUGUGGCCAGAAGAAGAACUUGUCAGCUUUGAGCUGCAGCCACGCGGACCUCAACUGUGGCAAGCUUUACUCAGCUCGACGCCAUGCUAGCAUGGAAACGGGAGUUCAGAAAAAACUAGUGGUAUUAAAAAAAAUCAUCGUAAUCAAUUACCGUAUUUUCCGGGCUAUAGAGCGUACCGGUAUUUAAGUCGCACCCACUAAACUUUAGAAGAAAUAAACAUUUUUACAUAUAUUAGGUGUAUACCAGGAUGAAAUAUAUUUGUAAAUGUUUAUUUACAUUAAUUGUUUCCAAACAGGGCAGUAAAACGGCUGAUCAAAAAAAACAGAAGUCAUGGUCAAGCUGCGAAAGCUCGCUCUCCAAUCAGCUGAACAGACUCAAUGGUGAAUUUACGAAAGUGAAACAACACAAAAAGUAGUAAGUUAAUAGUACUAACACAGACACUUGUUAAUGUGUUAGCAUGUUCACUGAACCUAACGACGCUCACGUCCGGGCCGGGGAAGUGAGCGUUGUUCGCUGGGACAACCAACAAAAUCCAACUAGCGUAGUUUGUGGCCAGAAGAAGAACUCGUCAGCUUUGAGCUGCAGCCACGCGGACCUCAACUGUGGCAAGCUUUACUCAGCUCGACGCCAUGCUAGCAUGGAAACGGGAGUUCAGAAAAAACUAGUGGUAUUAAAAAAAAUCAUCGUAAUCAAUUACCGUAUUUUCCGGGCUAAGUCGCACCCACUAAAUUUGAGAAGAAAUAAACAUUUUUACAUAUAUUAGGUGUAUACCAGGAUGAAAUAUAUUUGUCAAUGUUUAUUUACAUUAAUUGUUUCCAAACAGGGCAGUAAAACGGCCGAUCAAACAAAACAGAAGUCAUGGUCAAGCUGCGAAAGCUCGCUCUCCAAUCAGCCGAACAGACUCAAUGGGGAAUUUACGAAAGUGAAACAACACAAAAAGUAGUAAGUUAAUAAUACUAACACAGACACUUGUUUUUAAUGUGUUAGCAUGUUCACUGAAGCUAACGACGCUGGCCUGAUUACAUUACGAAAUAUGCAUGAAAACACUCCUACACAUGUCACACAUGGGACGCUUUAGUCCGUUAGAAUUGUUUUAGUUAUAUUGUAAAACUCAAGAGUUGUCGCUUGGAGUGAAGAAUGCUUUCGAGCAUGAAUGGACUGUUAUACUUCCGGUUGCAGGAAGUACAUUUUCAACCCGCAGCACCUGCAGUGAGCAAACCGCUCCAAAAGAUGGCGCCAUAGCACAAACAAUAAAACCCCUUUUCAGUGUAUGCAAGUUAUUUCUGCGAAGAAAUAAAGUAGGCGCGCCGUUUUAUAAGCCGCAGGGUUCAAAGCUAGGGGAAAAAAGUAACUGCUUAUAGUCCGGAAUAUACGGUAAUUACUCGUUCUCACCACAGUUUGGAGUCAAAUUGCCAUUUCUACUUGAUCCAGUCAGUUCUUCAUUUAUUUACAGCGGGUUUGUACACCAAAAUAUUAGCACGACGACGUAAGGAGAUUCAGUAUUGAGAGCUGGGAAAUGAUACGUGGCAAAUGUGCACUACCUUUUGUAAAAGCAGAAUAUUUGAGCUGCAGCCACGCGGACCUCAACUAUGGCGAGCUUUACUCCGCUCGACGCCAUGCUAGCAUGGAAACGGGAGUUCAGAAUAAACUAGUGGUAUUAAAAAAAAUCAUCGUAAUCAAUUACCGUAUUUUCCGGGCUAUAGAGCGUACCGGUAUUUAAGCCGCACCCACCAAAUUUGAGAAG